CUCCAUUCCAUCAUCAUCGAACGCCACCAUCUCAUCCAAGAUUCCUACCCCUCCUCCUGUCCAACUCCUUCCAUCUGUCCCCCUAUCACAUCGUACGCGUUCCUGGCAAUGGCCCCCCGUUCCCACAACAAGCGUCAUCGUAGUACCCAUACCGGGCAGUUCGUUAGCAAACAACGUAUUACCAUGGAUGAUGACACACCUUCUCCACCUCCUCAUACGCCCCCGACUGUUUCCUUCUCAGCGGAAUCUUCACGCGUUGACAGAUCCGCGUCCGCCGAUGAUAGUGAACCCGAUGUUGCAUCCUUGGUCGAGAACUUGGAGGACGCGAUAAUGGAGGAAUUGCCCGUGUCAUGUGUGGCUGGGUCUCCCAUGUCCCCCCUUGCCCCUUCUGCCACUCCUUCCUCUGCUGCUCCCCCCUCUGUCCCUUCCUCUGCCGCUCCCCAAUCUCCUACACUUGCCCCUGUGUCUGGUUCUCCCGCUCCCGCUACCCCUGUUCCCGCGACCCCUACUCCCACUACUCCUGGUUUUGCUGCCUCUGCCUUCAUUACUAGCUCUCCCCGUUUCAAGGAGAUGUUGCGUAGGCUCAGUAAACCACAUCUCCCAGCGCGUACACUCCCGCCCUUCUUGCUGACUCCCAGAAUGAUUUAUUGUAUGAAGACUGCAUAUGACAUGACUAUCUGGAGCUUGGUCGCGGACGCUGAUUAUUACAUUCAUUUUAAAUAUUUGUGGUGGGGCAAUCAUCCAUUCAUAUCAGAGAAUCACCCCUCUUCUCAACAGUGUCAAGAUUGGGAAAUUGUUAUGGGUUUUGCUGUGCACAAAGUCAUGAUGUUCACAGACAUCAAGAAACUUUUUACAACUGUAAAGUUUAAUAUUGCAGAGACAUUCACUCUGGCAAAUUCCUUCAGAAUGAUAGAUCUGUAUCAGUCUAUUCUCUGA